CGCGCGCACGCGUCGACGCGACCGCGACGCGCUCGACCGCGCCUCAUGUCGACGAUCGCGCUCCACUUCAAGCGCGCGAACGGCGCGAAAAUCACGCUCGAGGACGUCGACGCGACGACGCUCACCGUGCGCGACGCGCGCGCGCGCGUCGCCGCGCGACUCGCCGAGAGCGACGCGACGAUCGACGCGAGCGCGAACGUGCGGUUGAUCUUUAAGGGGCGCGUGCUCAGGGACGAGGCGACGCUGGCGGCGUGCGGAUGCGCGAACGAGAGCGUGGUGCACGUCGUGACGUCGACGACGACGACGACGACGACGACGACGACGACGGCGGCGACGGCGACGGCGACCGCGGCGGCGACGGCGGCGACGGCGAUCGGCGGUCGAGGGACGGCGACGGCGAGCGACGCGCCGUUCGGGGGAUUCGGCGGCGGCGGCGCGGCGCUCGGCGGUUCGGGGGCGCUCGAUUUGAUGAAUAAUCCAUUCGUGCGGUCGCAGAUGGAGGCGCUGUUGAGCGAGCGGCCGGAGACGUUGAGGGAGAUGAUGGAGAGUCAGCCCGGGAUGCGGGAGGCGAUGGCGGCGAAUCCGGAACUCGCGAGCGCGUUGACGGAUCCGGAGACGUUGAGGCGGAUGAUGAAUACGAUGACGAAUCCGUCUUUGAUGGCGGAACAGAUGCGGAAUAACGAUCGCGCGAUGUCGAACAUUGAAAUGAUGCCGGGUGGAUUUAACGCGCUGCGAAGGAUGUACACGGAUGUGCAAGCGCCGAUGGAACGCGCGGCGGAACGCGAUAUGGACGCCGCGGCGCCGACGGCGACGAGGACGGUGAAUCCCGAUGAGCCUUUGCCGAACCCGUGGGGCGGCGCGGGCGGCGGCGCGGGCGGCGGCGGCGCCGCGAUGCCGCCCGCGGGCGGGGGAUUUUCCAUGGGCGGUAUCGGCGGCGGCGCUGGGGCUUCGCAGAUUGAGCAAAUGGCGGAGAUGAUGCAAAAUCCGCAAAUGCGCGCGGCGAUGGAUAGCGUGAUGUCGAACCCGCAAAUGCUAGAGUCCAUGCUGAACAUGCACCCCCAGGCGCGUCAAAUGAUGGAGGCGAACCCGCAAAUGCGCGAGACGCUCUCCAAUCCGGAAUUUCUUCGCCAAAUGAUGAAUCCUGAAAAUUUGCGCGCGAUGGCGCAAAUGCAACAGUUGUUCGGCGACGCGAUGCCGGGCGGUGGAUUGGGCGGCGGUCUCGGGGGAUCGAUGUUCGCGCCUCCCGUCGCACCGGCGGGUCCACCCGAAGAAGUGUACGCUUCGCAACUCUCGCAAUUGAACGACAUGGGAUUUUUCUCGCAAGAGGAAAACAUUCGCGCCUUGCAGGCGACGGGCGGCAACGUCCACGCCGCCGUCGAACGCUUGCUCUCCAACCCCGGCGGCGGGUUCGCGUGAACGCGAUAAC